AUGAUUGUUCCUAUCCGUUGCUUUUCUUGCGGAAAGGUCACCGGCGACCUAUGGGAGAAGUACAUGACCAUCCUUAGCGAAGGAAAGGAAGAAGCUGAGGCCCUCGACGAGAUCGGUCUUCAACGCUACUGCUGCCGCCGCAUGAUUCUCACCCACGUCGAUCUGAUCGAAAAGCUCCUCAAGUACGUGCCCGCUGCCGAUGCCGACAAGGUGUUGCGUCGCCAGAAGGAAGAGGAGAAGAGGCGAUUGCGGUGA